UGUGUGCACAGCAAUGGCUUCUGCAAGGUGGCCCUGCCUCGUCUUGGCUCUGCUCUCUGGCCUGGCGGCCUCUGGCUUUCCAAGCCACCCUGUCCAGCUGCUCAGGAAACGGAGCCUCCAGGAAGGGGUGGUCGAUGACAUUGAGAUCUACAGCACCAAGAUCAGCUGCAAGGUGACCUCCCGCUUUGCUCACAAUGUCGUCACUACGAGGGCCGUCAACCGUGCAGACAAGGCCAAGGAAGUUUCCUUUGACGUGGAGCUGCCCAAGACGGCCUUCAUCACCAACUUUACCUUGACCAUUGAUGGUGUCACUUAUCCUGGGAAUGUCAAGGAGAAGGAAGUGGCCCAGGCUCAGUACCAAAAAGCCGUGUCCCAGGGCAAGACAGCUGGGCUGGUCAAGGCCUCAGGGAGAAAGCUGGAGAAGUUCACGGUGUCGGUCAACGUGGCCUCGGGCAGCAAGGUCACCUUCGAGCUGACCUAUGAGGAGCUGCUGAAGAGACACAAGGGCAAGUACGAGAUGUACCUCAAGAUCCAGCCCAAGCAGCUUGUGCGACACUUCGAGAUCGAUGCCCACAUCUUCGAGCCCCAGGGCAUCAGCAUGCUGGACGCCGAGGCCUCGUUCAUCACUAACGACCUCCUUGGAAGUGCGCUCACCAAGACCUUCUCAGGAAAAAAGGGUCACGUGUCCUUCAGACCCAGUUUAGACCAACAGCGCUCGUGCCCAACUUGCACGGACUCCCUUCUCAAUGGGGACUUCACAAUCACUUACGACGUGAACAGAGAGUCUCCGGCCAAUGUGCAGGUAGUCAAUGGCUACUUUGUACACUUUUUUGCACCUCACGGACUUCCAGUUGUACCUAAGAACAUAGUCUUUGUGAUUGACGUCAGUGGCUCCAUGGCUGGUCGGAAAAUCCAGCAGACCAGGGAUGCUCUUCUCAAAAUCUUGGAGGAUAUGAAAGAAGAUGAUUACUUGAAUUUCAUCCUGUUCAGUGGUGAUGUGACCACUUGGAAAGACCAUUUAGUCCAAGCCACUCCUGAGAACCUCGAGGAGGCCAGGACAUUUGUGAAGGGCAUUGAUGACAGAGGAAUGACCAACAUCAAUGACGGGCUGAUGACAGGCAUCAGUAUGCUGAACAGGGCUCGGGAGGAGCACCUUGUCCCUGAGAGGAGCACCUCGAUUAUCAUCAUGUUGACAGAUGGGGAUGCCAACAUUGGUGAGAGCCGACCCGAGAAGAUCCAGGAGAAUGUUCGGAACGCCAUCAGGGGCAGGUUCCCCUUGUACAACCUGGGCUUUGGCCACAAUCUGAAUUACAAUUUCCUGGAGUCGUUGGCCCUAGAGAACCAUGGGUUUGCCCGGCGCAUUUAUGAAGACUCCGAUGCCAACUUGCAGUUGCAGGGCUUCUAUGAGGAGGUGGCCAACCCACUCCUCACAGAUGUGGAGGUGGAGUACCCCGAGAAUGCCAUCCUUGACCUCACCAAGAACAGUUACCCUCACUUCUAUGAUGGUUCCGAGAUCGUUGUUGCUGGUCGCCUGGUGGAUGGGGACAUGAACAACUUUAAGGCGGAUGUGAAGGGUCAUGGGGCCUUCAACGACCUGACCUUCACAGAGGAGGUGGACAUGAAGGAGAUGGAGCAGGCCCUGAAGGAGCAAGAGUACAUUUUUGGGAACUACAUUGAGCGGCUCUGGGCCUAUCUUACCAUCGAACAGCUGCUGGAGAAACGCAAGAACGCCCACGGCCAGGAGAAGGAGAACAUCACAGCCCAGGCCCUGGAGCUGUCUCUCAAGUACCACUUCGUGACUCCCUUGACCUCCAUGGUGGUGACCAAGCCAGAGGACAGCGAGGACCAGACAUCCAUUGCUGACAAGCCUGGGGAAGGUGGGUUGACCUCUGUGACCUCCACGGCCUACAUAGCGAGCUACCAGCCUCCUCAGACCCCCUAUUACUACGUGGAUGGGGACCCUCAUUUCAUCAUCCAAGUUCCAGAAAAAGAGGAUGCCAUCUGCUUCAACAUUGAUGAAGAUCCAGGCACAGUACUGCGCCUCAUUCAGGAUCCCAUCACAGGACUCUCUGUUAAUGGGCAGAUCAUUGGAGACAAGGGGAGCAGCCCUGACCCUAAGACCAGGAAGACCUACUUUGGGAAACUGGGCAUUGCCAGCUCACAGAUGGACUUCCGGAUUGAGGUGACCACGGAGAAGAUCACGCUGUGGAAUGGGGAUGCGCCGAGCACUUUCAGCUGGCUGGACACAGUCACGGUCAGGCAGGAUGGGCUGUCUGUGACGAUCAACAGACAGAAGAAUAUGGUGGUCUCCUUUGGAGAGGGGGUUAGCUUUGUGGUCGUCUUGCAUCAGGUGUGGAAGGGACACCCUGUUCACCAAGACUUUCUAGGGUUCUAUGUGGUGGACAGUCACCGGAUGUCAGCACAGACCCAUGGGCUUCUAGGGCAAUUCUUCCACCCAUUUGACUUUGAAGUGUCUGACAUUCGUCCAGGCUCUGACCCUGGGAAGACAGAUGCCACAAUGGUGGUGAAGAGCCAUCAGUUAACUGUCACAAGGGGCUCCCAGAAAGAUUACAGAAAGGAUGCCAGUGUUGGCACGAAGGUCAUCUGCUGGUUUGUCCACAACAACGGGGAAGGGUUAAUUGACGGUGUCCACACUGACUAUGUCGUCCCCAGUCUGUUUUGAGCAACCAUGGUACUGAGAUGGAAGG